CGCAUGAAAAACGGAGAAAGCUGUAGCUAAUUGAACUUUCCAAGAAAAUGUAUAAUUUCUAUUGAAUACCUGUGUGCUGAUUAUUAAAUCAGUGGAUAUACUCAGAUACAUUCAAGUUUCGUAUUGUAAUUUGUUUGCUUAGUUUAAUUCGUUGUUCACAUGAAGUUUAGUAAGAAACAAAUGAAUAGUGGUUUGCAGAAAUUUUGGGAUUAGAUUUGAUGAUGAAACUACGGCAGAUUCAUUUACAUGAAGACGAAUCUUCAGACUCCGACAGUCCUGCUGCACCCCUCCAUAAACCCAAGAAAAAACGUCUAUCUGCAUCAGCUCAUAAUCGGAAAAUUAUAACAUCUUUAUCAAGUCUCUACCCUAGAUCUUCCACUCCAGCCACAAUGUCGUCGGCCUCGGUUAUGUCCGUAUCAAAGUCAGUGGUUUCUACUGAGAAUUCUUUCCACGGGAAUGAUUUACACGCCGACUCCAGUGCAAUCGUGAAUUUCAGCAAUAGUUUCAGAGAAAAUCUUCCUGAUCCGCCGGUCCUACUGUCAACAAUCCUCUCUAAUCCCUCUAGUAAAUUCACUUCGGGUCAUUGCUACCAAGGGAAGUCUAUUAUAAAGUCGCCACAGUCUGGCCAACAUAAGCACUGCCACCGACCAACUAGCGGCAGCAAGACUUCGGAGGUAUCACCUCCGAUGGUUACUGUGGCAUCAUUCGAUGAUUCCGGGGACCAACAUAACUUAUCAUCCUCCUCCUUGUCACGACCAUCAUCGCCUCUUCAGCCUGCUGCACUCACCAACACUUCGGUGGAAUUUGAAAAUGAUGACUCGAAUAUUUCCGGUGCCAGCUCCCCGAAAUCAGACCGGAGCGACGUGAAGAGCCGCAGCCACGCAUGUGGCACAAGCCACUCAUCCACAGCCACGGCGGGUGUGGUGCUGUGUUCGUGGUGUGGCAAAGUGUGUCGGGAGGUGGCGAGUGGUGAGAAGAGCUUCACGCUCGACACUACGGGUGGUGAACGCCACUUUUGUUCUGAAGUUUGCUUCACGUAUUGUCGACGAGCUUCUUUCAAGAAAUCCAAGGUGUGUGACUGGUGUCACCAGCGCGGCCCCACCGUCAGUUUCGUGGACUUCACAGACUGCGACGCCCAGCUGCACUUCUGCAGUAUGAAAUGCCUGAACCACUACAAAAUGCACAUCUUCUGCCGUGAAACCGAAGCCAACCUUCAUCUUCAUCCACAAAGUUCAGCGCUACAGCAAACCAGAGAUAAAAGUUCCCCAGAUGCUCUUAUUACCCCAGAAAUGUGGAUGCGGGAUUGCAGGGAAAUUCCGGGAAUUGACUGUGGGAAUUCAACAGGCAACAAUAUCCAGAGUACUCCAGAUGAUGAAUCUCCUAACGCAAGUUAUCCUACAAAUUCCAUAGGACUUGUUGAAUCCCCAACGCAGGAACCGCAAGGAUCACCUAUCAGUGUAGGAUCCCCGGAACAAAUCAACAGGGAUGAUCAAGUUGAAAACGAGCCGGUGAACUUAAGUGUUGAAACCACCCGACCUAUGCAGAUUUCUAAUGUUGAUAUCAACUCUGAAUCUGCUGUUGAGAUGUCUGAAGCCCCAGCAGUUGAUGCAAACCCUGACGUUAUAAAUAAGAUUUUUACGGAAAAUCAGAGUUUGAAAAAUUCCGCUGAAAUUGUACAAGAAAAACGAAGCACGUCGAGAAGUGCCAGCCCUCGAGUUAGAACGAUGCUAAUUCCUCGGCAAUCUCGAUUCCGAGAUCGUAAAAACAACUCUUCCUACGAUAAUCAACCUGGCUGUUCCUUCACGACGUUCAAGGAUACUAAAAAUCGGGACAUUUCACCCAAGAGGGAACGAAAAGCCAACGGGGAUUAUAUUAAACCUGCUAUCCGUGUUCGACACCUGGAAGGAAAUUCUCCCGUUGAUCGUACCAGUUCUCCACAAUCAUCGUUAUCACCAUCAGGCAUUCAAACAUUUUCACCUAUCACUAACUUAAAUAACUUAUUGAGUAACAGUCGAGCAUCACUACAGCCCGGACUGCCAAACAUGAACCCAUUCUUGCCCCCGCACUCAACUCUGCCACAAGCACAGUUACUGCCAUUGCUUUCCCUCCAGUACCCAGAGCUUCUGCAGAGCUUGAAUCAGCCUUUCCUGAAGCCACCACCAGCGCCCAUGACCCUUGAUUUUCCCUCUUCGAACGUACUUCAGCUACCAUCCACCGACACGCCUCAGUCCCUUUCUUCUGCAACGUCACCUCAUCUUCUGCCGUACAUUCAAUUCCAUUUGCAACAACAAGCUGGAAAACAAAGACUUCCAGCUCCUCUACCUCCUCCUCCACUGCAUCAGAAUGCGCCUCAACAACAAUUGUACUUCUUACAACAACAACAGCUUCAACAACAGCAACAACAGAUGCCGGUUCAACUACCGGCACCAAUACCUCAGACGUCACAUCAGCAAACGGUGCCAACAGAAAGUGGAGUUCCUAAGCCAAUUCCACAACUCCAGCCCUUUCCCAAUCUAUCUUCCCUUUUGCAGAGUACUUUGAUUCUGCCUAUUCCUAUUCCCAUACCAAUUCCGAUACCCAUUCCUAUUCCCGUGAAGGCGGAAAUUUAUAACAGUUUCUCUUCUUCACUUCAGAAUCGAGAUGCUGAACCAAGGGAAACCAAUCCAAGUGCACCGAAAGCCAGAGAUUCUUUCCAAUCAGUGCUCGAUGAAAAUUCUUCAGCUAAUUUGGAACAGAAGAACAAUUCUCUCCGGGACUCUAGCAUUAAAACGUCGAUAAUUCCCCCUAAAAUAGAACUUGUACGAUCUCCCGCAAAAGAGAACUUUGUCUAUCCCACUCAGAACAAGAGGACCUCGUUUUGUGGCCCAACCAAACCUCAGAUUUCGACAUCUGUGCCAAGCAUAAUAGCUAACGCUGGUAUUCCAAAUAAUGAGACCUCCACACGAGGAGACAGAGAACGGCGUAGUAUCCUUCAGUACACGAGCGAUGUUUACGAAAUGAACGGGACGUUUGCUCCAAGAGUCUGUCCAUGGGAUGCAACACCCAUAUCGUCGGCAAAUAUGACGACUUCCUUUUCAAACGCAUUGACCCAACCCAUGUGCAGCAAUUCCAGCAUUUUGGGAUCGUACUCAACGGCUGGCUCAACAUUUUUAUUGAAUUCUACAUCAUGCAUCGGUGCAGCAUUAGGGCAAGCCUCUACAUCGGGAAAUAGUUCAAACUUGGGACAAGGAUCUACAACUGAUAUCGGUUCAGCCUUGGGACAAGGCUCUACUUCAGGAAUAGGGUCGAGUUCUGCUCUAUACACUGCAGGGCUGGAGGAAAAAUUGACUUUCAAAGCAGAACCUGGUUUUAUUGGCGACAAGGGAGAGGAAAAUUCUGCCAGAACUUCGAAGCUGAAAAAAGAAACUGAAGGCAACAGGAAAAGAAAGCUCGACGGAAAAGAAGGCUAUGCUUCUAACAAUAAUUAUUCGAUUAAAAGAAAACAUGCUACUCAGGAAAAAUAGCACCUCGAGCUUUAACAUAAUUUGUGAAACGUUAACUGUAACAUUGCAAAUAAUUUUAAUAAUAAAAGAAAUUAAAUUAACUGUUUAAUAACAGCAUUAAUAAAUAAUUAUGUUUUUCUUAUGUAAUCAUGACAUAAACAAAAAGUAAUGCACCCACUAAGUGUCUCACAUUGUCACUGCAAAAUUCAGAAUAGAAAUUUCUCUCAAACUAACUUCAGUAUUCGUUAUCUUAUUUUACAACGUAAAUUCCGUGUGAAUUUUAUUUUUAAAUUAAUUUUCUUGUGAUAAUCGUGGUAAAUAUUUUUAUUCUGUGUCUAUAUUCCAUUACCCAAUCGUAUUCUUUGUAUUGAAAAUCAUGGCUUUGAUCCGUUGCCGUUAUUGAAUGGAUAAAAAUUUAUGGAUUACCAGUUGACGCAGCAAAUGAAGGAAAAACUUAGAAAGUAAAUAACCUAAUAAAAACAGCAUUUUUUAUCUUAAAUGACCAAUAACGAGGGCAUUUAAUAACCCAUUUCUUAAAAUUAAUACGUAUAUUUUCCUUAAUAUAAUAUUAUUAUCUUA